UGUAGAUCUAGAACGAUCAUAUUUGCUACCCAAUAUAGCCCGGAGCCCAAUUGUUUGCUUGGAAUCGGGCGUCUGCCAUUGGUCGGGUAAUCAACUAAUUCCGACGUCACUUCCGGCUAUCCCUCAUAUUUUUCUUUCCCUUCCUACAGUCUCUCUACACUCCAUCAACCUCCAUACCUGUACUCAAAGAGCUUUGGCGUGGCAAGCCAGUCCACCAUCAUGCUGUGCCCCAUCACCGUCUCCAAGUUCGUGGGAACGGUCUCCCUGGGCCUGUUGACCGGCCUCUCCUACACAACCACAACCGUAACCCUCCCCUCCCUAAAACUCCUCCCCACAUCCACCUCCGCCGCGCGCUCCCUCACCGAAGCCAAACGUCUCUCCCGCAAACACUCCUUCCGCCUCACCAACAUCGCCAACACCACCCUCCUCCUCGCCUACCUCGUCUCCCCGCGCCACCGCAAACACCCCUACCUCGUGUGGAUGUGCGUGACCUCGGCCCUGGGCUCGUACGGCAUCGACUACUGGUUCAACAGGCAGUCCGGGAUCAAGAACUGGGUGGUGGGUAUUUGGCAGGAGAGUUACUCUGCGGAUCUGCUUGGAAAGGGCGUGCAGGGGAAGAAGGAAGAGGAUAUUGUUGUUGUGGAGACGGAGGAGGGGGGUGUGAAUGGGGAGAGGGUGCAGGAGGAGAUGGAGGAGGAGAGAGUUGCGCAUUUGGUGAGAGGGGUUGUUUCGGGGGCUGCGCUUGCGAUGGGGAUUGUUGGGCUUUGGGGGGAUAAGAAGUGAUAACUUAUUUUGAUGUGAGGGCUGCUGUAGCUAUGGGUUAUGUUGUGUUGCCGGGC